UUUCUGUUGAUGCAGGAGCGUUCCCCCAUGCUUCCAGAGCCGGGACGCGGGGUCGGGAGGACAGCGAGGGCUGCCUUUUCUUUAAAUCUCCCAGGCCGGACUUUUAGCGCCAGUUCUGCUGGCACACCUCGGGAAAUGAAGAAGAUCCUUUUACUGAUUUUUGUACCAACUCAGAGGGAACAUCACCUGUAAAAGUGGCACCAGUUGGGUGUCAGACCUAGGUGCAGAACUUCCUUGAACAGAAUGAUGAUGGUACAUUUGAAGGUGGCUGAGUAUUUGGACCCUCAGAUCAGGGCUCUAUGGGAGAUCAAAGGGCCGGUGAGAGAGAUCGCCAGUCAGAGUGAAAAAUCUCCACAGACCGUGGAUCUCAGUCCUGAGAGUUCACGCUGGCACUUCCGGAACUUCCACUAUUGUGAAGCAUCUGGACCCCAUGAGGCUGUCCGCCAACUUCAGGAAUUAUGCAAUCUGUGGCUGAGGCCAGAGGUCCACUCAAAAGAACAGAUAUUGGAACUGCUGGUGCUAGAGCAGUUUCUGACCAUUCUGCCCAGGGAAACUCAGACCCAGAUGGAGAAGCACCAUCCACAGAGCAUCAAGGAAGCUGUAGCCCUGGUAGAACACUUGCAGAGGGAAUCUGGUCAAACAAGGAAUGGGGUUGCAGUCCCUGAGCUGAGAAAAGAGACAGUGCUCUUGGGAGAAACAGCAGAGGCCUCAGGCUUCAAGCUGAAGCCAACAGAAUCCCAACAAGUGGGUGUGUCCCAGGAUGAAGAAUUUUGGAAUACAUACCAGGGUCUACAAGAACAGCUGAGCAGGAAUACUGAUAAAGAAACUGAGCCUGUAUAUGAGAGGGCUGUGCCUGCUCAACAGAUUCUAGCCAUUCCUGAGCAGACAAACACCAAAGAGUGGACAGUGGUACCUGAGCUCGUCUUGCCUGAGUCCCAGAGCUUGUUGACAUUUGAAGAAGUGGCCAUGUAUUUUUCCCAGGAAGAAUGGGAGCUCUUGGAUCCCACUCAGAAGGCUCUCUACAAUGAUGUAAUGCAGGAAAACUAUGAGACUGUCAUCUCUCUAGCUGUGCCUGCUCAACCGACAAACAUUCCUGAGCAGACAAACACCAAAGACCAGACAGUGGUGCCUGAGCUCGUCUUGCCUGAGUCCCAGAGCUUGUUGACAUUUGAAGAAGUGGCCAUGUAUUUUUCCCAGGAAGAAUGGGAGCUCUUGGAUCCCACUCAGAAGGCUCUCUACAAUGAUGUAAUGCAGGAAAACUAUGAGACUGUCAUCUCUCUAGCAUUAUUUGUGCUCCCCAAACCUAAAGUGAUCUUCUGUUUAGAGCAAGGAGAAGAGCCAUGGAUUCAAAGAUCCACAGAGUUAAAAGACAUUCCUAAAGAAUCUCCUGGAGGGUUAAAGCUCAAAAAUGACACUGAAAAUCAUCAGCCUAUAUCUGCUUCUAAAUUUGAAAUGCAAGUACCGAAAGAUGUAGUUUCAAAAAAAGCCAAAGUGAAAGUACCCCAGAGAAUGACAGGCAAAGAAAAUCACAGUGAUACGCACAGAGCUGGGAAAUUGCACCGAGAUUUUCCAGUGAAGAAGAGAAAGAAACUCUCAACUUGGAAACAAGAGCUUCUAAAACUUAUGGACCUUCACAAGAAAGACCGUGUAGCAGAGAAGCCUUUUAAAUGUCAGGAAUGUGGGAAAAGCUUCAGAGUUAGCUCUGACCUUAUUAAGCACCAAAGAAUUCACACUGAAGAGAAACCCUACAAAUGUCAACAGUGUGACAAGAGGUUUAGAUGGAGUUCAGAUCUUAAUAAGCACUUUACUACACAUCAAGGAAUAAAACCAUAUAAAUGCUCAUGGUGUGGGAAAAGCUUCAGUCAAAAUACAAAUCUCCACACACAUCAAAGAACUCACACAGGAGAGAAGCCAUUUACAUGUCAUGAAUGUGGAAAAAAAUUUAGCCAGAACUCCCACCUCAUUAAACAUCGGAGAACCCACACAGGUGAGCAGCCUUAUACUUGUACAGUCUGCAGGAGGAACUUCAGCAGGCGGUCAAGCCUUCUUAGACACCAAAAACUCCAUCAAUGAAGGGAAGUUUAGCAUUGUCAUUCUGAAGGACUCCAUCAAAUAGAGUUAGACCCUAAAGUUUUGUAUGAAAAAAUAAAAAAUUGAAGCAUGAAGAAUUUUUCAUCAUUGGAAAAUCAAGAAUAUAGAUGUAAUAUUUUACAGAAAGGAAUUAAGGUGGGCUUUGCAAGGUAUAUACUUAAGUCUUUGUGCUACUUAAUGUUUUUACUUUAAAUUGCCUGGGAAUUCCUUAGCAAGAGAGGUGUUCUAAGAGCAUUCUGAAUAAUGAAAAGGCUGUUUUGGGACUGACUGUACCUUGAAACAGCAAAUUGAGCUACAAAUAGAUGCAGCCAAUCAGUAGUUUUCUUUGGUCACAGAAGUAAAUAAUGUUGGUUUAGCAUUGAUCUCUUGAAUACAUGUGAUAGAAACAUUUGUAGCAUGGUCUUCCAAACUAAAAAGUAAUAACAUGAAUGGUUAAUUGGUUAUUAUUGUCUUCAGGGUAAGCAGGCUUACUGAUUUCAAUAGUCUCAUGAGAUAGAAAUGAUUUCUAAUGUAAAGUUUCCCAAGAACCAAGUUGGGUUUUCUUCCUUUCUCUUGUUAUUGGAUACUGUUCAUAAAGUUAACAUCAUUUGAGUUUCUUCUUGAACUUUUUAGCAACUUCAGCUCUUGAAUCCUGUUAGCACGGUUUUUACUGUGAUGAAAUUAUAUAUAUUUACUAGGAAGUCUAUCAGAUGAACUGGUAUAAAAAAUGCACUUAUGUAUCUCAUUGGUGGUGUUUAGAAAAUGGAAAACAUUUCUAAUGAGAUCAUAUGGAAACGGGUUGGAAUUUGUAGCCAUGGAAUAUAUACUAGAUGUGAAAAAUAAUUUCCUGCAAUAAAAGGAACUAGACUGUUUCUUUACCUCACACUGUCAAUAGGAUAAAGUAGCCAUAAAAAUUGGCACUUGCCUGAGACCAGAAGGAAAACUAAUGGGAGUUCAGCAUCACCUUCCCAGUUGUUUUUCUUUUUUAAUUUGUUUUUUGUUACUAAGAACAAGUUAUAUUGUAAGAGGGUUGGAGUGUAUGUGCUAAAGGUGAGAGCCUAUGGCUCAUUUGGCAUGAAGACCUGAGCAUCCAGUUAGUAGACUGGAUUCCCAAAGGAAAGUUUUGGGCAUUGGUGUGGAAAAAAUAGGUAAAUCUACAUCUGUGUUAUUCUGUCUUCCACUGUAAGUUCUUAUGUAGGCAGGGUCUGUCUGUCUCUGUUCUUUCUAGCACAGCCUCAGAUGAUAAAUUUGUUGGACUAUUGAAAGUAUAUAGCCUGUGAAUUUUCUUAAAACUC